GCUUGGACAGUUGGACAUCCUUGAAUUCCAAGAGUCAGCCGCGCCGCCGGCCGGUGCCCUCUCCCACUCGUCUUCAAACGUCCCAACUAAAUUAUAGCAGCCAAGAGCGAAUCGCCUCUGGCCUCUGCUACUUUUUCAUCCCCCGCACGGAAGGAUAUCUCAAUUGUGAAUCGUAUCGCAUGGUGUCCGGGGAAAAGGAGAAGUGGAAGAGAAGCCAGAAGGGAGACGACGAGAGAUUUGUCCGGGCGGCAAGCCAAGGCGGCCGUUCUUUCCGUCGUGAACGCUUCGUGUAAGGCAAAACAUCCAUCUGAUUUAUCUUGCGAAUUGGAUUGCUUAACCUAAUCUGGGAAUUCAAGUCAGUACGUACGAUAUGCCGGCACCAUCGGCAUCCAUCCAUCUGGGAGUUCCAACUCCGUACAUAACAUCUCAUGGAUCCAAAAUUGCUCGCCUACACAUGUAUGACUGGAUUGUGCUGAUUCUUCUAGUCGUAGUAGAUGGAAUACUGAACAUAAUAGAACCAUUCCAUCGAUUUGUUGGAUCGGAUAUGAUGACAGACCUCAGAUACCCCAUGAAAGACAACACAGUCCCAUUUUGGGCGGUCCCGAUAAUUGGUAUCAUUGGACCAAUGAUUAUCAUCACUGGAAUAUACUUCAAGAAGAGGAAUGUGUAUGAUUUCCAUCAUGCCAUACUAGGUCUCCUAUUUUCAGUUCUUAUCACGGCGGUAAUAACUGAUGCCAUUAAAGAUGGGGUUGGUCGACCGCGUCCAGAUUUCUUUUGGCGCUGUUUUCCUGACGGAGUACCUGCUUAUGAUAAUUUCACUACAGGAGUGCUUUGUCAUGGUAAGGCGAGCGUUAUCAAAGAAGGUCACAAGAGUUUUCCGAGUGGCCAUACUUCUUGGUCUUUUGCUGGCCUUGGUUUCCUGUCAUGGUAUCUGGCUGGUAAAAUAAAAGUUUUUGACAGAAGAGGCCAUGUUGCAAAACUCUGCAUUAUUAUUCUCCCUCUGCUCCUUGCAGCCUUGGUUGCUGUUUCUCGGGUAGAUGACUAUUGGCAUCAUUGGCAAGAUGUGUUCACCGGUGGAAUUUUGGGGUUGGUGGUUUCUUCAUUUUGCUACCUCCAAUUUUUUCCAAUGCCAUCUGAUGAAAACGGAUUAUGGCCUCACGCAUACGCCCGGCACAUUCUCAACCCUGAUCAGCUGGAGAACAACGCGCAACCCACGUCCGUGGAUCGCCCUAACUCUCUGCCGAACGGGUCCUUUAGAAGCCCUAAUGGAUUGGAAAUGGGAAACACGGGCCAAGGCCAAGCAUUAGAUUUCAUGGAAGCUGGUCGUAGAUAUCAAUAACGAGAUAAAAACCUGCUACUGUUGUAGCAGACAUACCUGACGUACUUUUUGAUAGACUGAGAAUUAUACGGAGACCUUUCAGGUUCACUUUGGUACAUAUACCGUGUAGAAUUGUUACUUGUACAUUUCAACAUGAUGAUGUUAGCUAUUUCUCAUGUAAAUCUAUACCAGAUUAAAAUAAUGCACCUACAUUUGGGUAUCCGGAAGUAUGCCUGACAGUAGAUGGUCA